AUGAUGGCUGCAGUGGAAACAGUUGAUUUUGAAGUGGUUAUUGACAAGAAGGGCAAUAAUGUCUCUGCACUGAUCAAAAUGUUCGAAUCCAAUCACGACGACUUGGCACCUAAACGUAGACAAAAAACCGUAAUCGUUAGCGACGGUGGACGGUACUCACCGAGUGACGUCACCCGGGGGACGUGGAUGCCGAUUCAACCUUGCGGAGAUGGAUCGCGGGCGAAGAUGAAGGUGGAAAAUACGAGGAAGAAAAGAACACCCCGUCCAGGAUUUGUGAAGGAACUGAUCAACAGGUUUGGGAGGCUCAACUGA